AUCACACUCCAAGUUUUUACGAAUGAGUAGCAGAGAACAUAACAAAAUGACUGGAAAACAAAGAGCAUCUAAACUAAGACAACAUCAAGCCAAACCUCGUGCAACAGAAAAAUCAACACCGCUUGAUGCCCUCCCUCGAGAUGUUAUUUCAAAAAUAAUUGGAAUUGUCGGCCAGACAUCUCGUGCAGAUGUUUCUAAUUGCCUACUCACUUGCAAGGAAAUCGGAAAAUCAGUUGAUGAUGUCCAAGUUUUCAAAAAGUUGGAACUGCGAAUGCUUCAGAGGCAGCCGUUGCUUGCUGUUGGGAACUACACUGACCUAAUGAUGAAAUGCCUAAUCCACGCUAACCCCUCCGCUCACUAUGUUCAAGGAGUGCUUGAAUAUUUUUAUUACGACAAUACAAUUGCUGGGUUACAUUUUUUGGAAAAAGCUGCCAAUGCACCAUCCCCUAUCAACGAGGCUAUUUAUCUAACUGGGAUGAUUAAUUUGUGCAGUGGUGAGUUUGAAAUUGGUAAAAAACAUAUUGACCACCUGCUGAGGAACACGAAUGAAUCUGUAGUUGAAGAAUGCUGGGAAAAAAUCAAAACUGCACUCCAUGGAAUUGGAAUCCUGAGGAAGCAAGAAUAUAUCAACUCACUAUGGGCAAUGAUGCCACCAUACAUGUGUAACAUAAAUGACAUGAAAAACACAUGCGAGAAAUGCUUCCACUACAAGCUAAUGGUCAAAUUUGUUUUCAUGAUGUAAGAAGGAAAAAAAAAAACCAGUUUAAAAGCCAUUUUUAUUAUUUGAUAACAAAAUGUGUUUUUUUUCCCCUUGCUUUUCCCAGUAAUCAUGUAUGAACGUCUGUUUUCUAAAUUCUAAUAAUAAUGUUUGUUUCAC